AUGGCGAGAAAGGCCCCGGAAUGGACAAACAUGACCAACCUGGCGAGCGCUACCUUCGGCGGUACGGUCGACUUCGCCACGGACGAGUGGUUCGGAGAAGCCGCGCGGCUGCUUCUGCCUGGCGAGCCUAUUUUUAACGACGAGUUCACGGAGUUUGGCAAGUGGAUGGACGGGUGGGAAUCUCGGCGGAAGCGUGUGGCGGGGCACGAUUGGUGUAUCAUCAAGCUCGGACUGCCAGGCCGCAUUCGGGGCGUCAAGGUGGACACCGCCUUCUUCACGGGAAACCAGGCGCCGCGGUUCUCUCUCCAGGGGGCCUGGCUUCCGCAGGAGCCUGAGGCGUUGACGCAGCUGGGCAGGGCGUGGACAAAGGACCGACUAGGGUCCGCCGCCGGCGCGGACGAGAUGGCCAGGGCUGCGUCGCUGGGAUCUGAGCAAUGGGAGGAGGUGGUGGGCACGACGCCCCUGAGACCUGGAUACGAAGACGGCAGGUGCCACUAUUUCGACAUCAUCUCGGACCGGAAGUAUACGCACUUGAGGCUGAACAUGUUUCCCGAUGGGGGCAUCGCGCGGCUCAAGGUGCACGGCAUCGUCGAGCGCUCCUGGGAUGGGGUACCGCAUGAUGCGGAGAUCGACCUGCUGUCGGUGGAGAACGGCGGUGUCGAGGUUGCGUGCAGCAACCACCACUACGGAGAGCCGAAGAACAUGAUAAAGCCGGGACGGGGAAUCAACAUGGGCGAUGGCUGGGAAACCGCGAGAAAGACGGAUCGUCCCACCGUCCUAGAGAUCGGACCUGACGGCCUGGUUAAGGCACCGGGAAGCGAUUGGGCCAUUCUCCGGCUGGGGGUGAUCGGAGAGGUGAAGCGCCUCGUCGUGGACACCAACCACUUCAAAGGAAACUUCCCGGAAAGCAUCCUGGUGGAGGCGUGCCUGUCCCCCGACGCCCUCGACUCGGACUUCGCGGACGGAGGGGAGCGCAUGCGGUGGCGCCCGUUGCUGCCAAGGCACAAGGCCGGCUCCAGCAGAGAGCACGUCUUCGAUCUUGGCAAGGGAGAGAUCGAGAACCUGGGCCCCAUCAGUCACGUCAAGCUUUCCAUGAUGCCCGACGGGGGGGUGAUGAGGCUCAGGGCCUUCGGGACACGGGCGCCUAGUUCCCGCCUGUAA